UUUCCUGUUUAAACCCACGUGAAAAAAUUUUUAUGUAACUUUUUGCAGGUUUGGUAAGAUUUUACCAAGUUUGCAAGCAUCUGCAUGCUUGAUGUCAUUAUUGAAAGUUGUCAUCAAGUUUAAAUUGCCGAAUCUACUUCACUCUGUUUCAGAAUCUACCAUUCUAAGAACUAAACAAACCUUAACCUGCGCGUCAUUUUCAUUCAGAACAACAGCGGAAGUUAUUUCAAGCACUUCCGGAGCUCAUUUUCAGGCCAGACGACAUACAUUUUGUACAAUGCCGGGGAAGAAAGAAUUCAAGAGAUUACCGACAGACGUUAAACCAGAGAACUACAACCUGCGUCUACAACCAGAUCUACAAAAAUUCACCUUCAAAGGACAUGAAACCAUUGAUGUCAAGGUCAUUACCAGCACAAACAGCAUUACUUUAAACAGUGAAGAGAUUGAGAUCCAGUCAGCUUCUUAUAAAGCCUCAGAUGCUGGAGACCAGAGCAUAAAAGCUGAGGUGAAAUUUGAACCAGAGAAUGCCGUGGUGGUUUUAUCGUUCCCUAGUGCUCUUCAGCCAGGAAGUGGUCAACUGUCCAUUGAUUUCACUGGUCAGCUGAACGACAAGAUGAAGGGUUUCUACAGAAGCAAGUACACCUCGCCAUCGGGGGAGGAAAUGUUUGGAGCGGUCACACAAUUUGAGGCAACAGAUGCUCGUAGGGCAUUCCCCUGCUGGGAUGAACCAGCUGUAAAGGCCACAUUUGAUGUCACCCUUGUAGCUCCUAAAAAUAGAGUGGCUCUUUCUAAUAUGCCAGUAAAAUCUGAGAGUGAUCUACCUGAAGACAACACAUGGAAGGUGGUCUCCUAUGAGCGGACCCCUAUCAUGUCUACGUACCUGCUGGCGUUCGUUGUUGGGGAGUACGAUUAUGUGGAAGAUAAGGAUGCUGACGGGGUCCUGGUUCGAGUCUACACUCCUGUGGGGAAGAAGGAACAGGGACAGUAUGCUCUAGAGGUUGCUGUGAAAACUCUCCCAUUUUACAAGAAUUAUUUUCAGAUUGCGUAUCCCCUACCGAAAAUAGAUCUCAUUGCUAUUGCUGAUUUUGCUGCAGGUGCAAUGGAGAACUGGGGACUUGUGACGUACAGAGAAACAGCUCUGUUGAUUGACCCACAGAACUCCUCCUCCAGAACCAAGCAAUGGGUGGCGCUGGUGGUGGGGCAUGAGCUGGCUCAUCAGUGGUUUGGAAAUCUAGUCACAAUGGAAUGGUGGACUCACCUGUGGCUAAAUGAGGGUUUUGCGUCUUGGAUUGAGUACCUAUGUGUGGAUUACUGCUUCCCCGAGUUUGAUAUCUGGACACAGUUUGUAAACCAGGACUUAGGCAGGGCCCUAGAGAUGGAUGCUCUACAUAACAGUCAUGCCAUAGAGAUUCCAGUCGGACAUCCUGACGAGGUAGAUGAGAUUUUUGAUGCCAUAUCCUACAGCAAGGGGGCCUCCGUCAUCAGAAUGUUACACAACUACAUUGGAGAUGAAAGCUUUAAGAAAGGAAUGAACCAAUACCUGACCAAAUUUAAGUACAAAAAUGCAGUUACUGAAGACCUGUGGGAGUCCCUUGGAAAAGCCAGUGGGAAACCAGUCCUAGAUGUCAUGACAACCUGGACCAAACAAAUGGGUUACCCAGUUGUGAAGGUUAGUGAGAGACAAGAUGGCAACAGCAGGCUUUUGACCUUGACACAAGAAAAGUUCUGUGCUGAUGGAGUACAACCUAAAGACGGAUCGUUCUCCUGGAUGGUGCCGAUAUCAAUCAGUACAACCAGUCAACCCAACAAACCAGCAGUCGUUACACUUCUAGACAAACCCACUAUGGAAGUCGCCGUUCCAAAUGUAAAACCAGAGGAAUGGGUCAAGGUGAACAUGGAGUCUGUAGGGGUAUACAGAGUUCAGUAUACAUCAGAGACCCUGGACAGAUUCAUACCAGCCAUCAAAAAUAAAACCCUCCCUCCACGGGACAGGCUCAGUCUACAGAGUGACCUGUUUGCACUUGCUAGAGCUGGAAUGAUUUCCACGGUGGAUGUCCUGAAGGUUGUGGGAUCCUUCGUUAACGAGGAUAAUUACACAGUAUGGAGUGACUUGGCCAGUAGCCUGGGCCAGAUCAGCAUUCUCUUACAGAACACAGAUGGAUUCGAGAACUUCAAAGCCUUUAACAGGCGACUAUUUAAACCUGUGGCACAGUCUCUGGGCUGGGAUCCCAAAGAAGGAGAAGGACCUCUAGCUGCCAUGUUGAGGGACCUGGCUCUGACCAAGCUCGGUAAAUACGGAGAUGAAGAGACAGUGUCUGAGGCAAAGAAAAGGUUUGAGGCCCAUGUCUCUGGAAAAACUCCCCUCCCUGCAGAUCUGAAGACACCGGUUUAUGUGACAGUAAUGGCGAACGGUGGUGAAGAUGACUUUAACAAAAUGAUGAAGUUAUAUGAUGAGGCAGACAUGCAAGAGGAGAAGAACAGAUUAAGCAGAUGCAUGGGUUCCAUCAAAAGUGAGGAUCUGAAGAAAAAAGUGUUAGAUUUUGCCAUGUCUGACAAAGUGAGAUCCCAGGACACCGUGUUUGUGAUCGGCGGAGUUACGGGGACUGUCCAGGGGAGAGAACUCUGUUGGCAGUUUGUCCAGGACAAGUGGUCAGAACUCCACGAGAGAUACCAGGGAGGGUUCCUACUGUCUCGUCUUGUGGAGCUUUCAACAGAGAACUUUGUCACAGAAGCCCGGGCCAAGGAAGUAGAGAAAUUCUUCGAAGCUCAUCCUGCACCAGCAGCUGAAAGAAAAGUCCAGCAAUCUAUUGAGAACAUCCGACUGAACGCCAAGUGGAUGGAGACUCAAGCAGCCAAAGUUGUGGAGUUCCUCCGCAGUCAGUGAACAAAUCCGACCAAUAUUUUACUGCUUAAAGCAACAUUCCUGAUUUAUUUAUCAAUGGACCAGUAUUAUUGAUCUUAAAACAUUUCUGAUUGUGAGUGGAUAUCAAAAUCAAGAAGAUACCAAUUUACAAGUGCUAAGAACAAUGUUCUUUAAAAACUGUUGAUUAAUCAAAAAAAUCAUUUCAACAAUUAGUUUAUCAUCCUGUCAGGUAAUGGUGAAAGAAAUCUAUAUGGCUAGUGUCUUGAUCCACUGCAAUAAAAGUAAACACUUGC